AUGGUGACCAGUUCUGGAAUGUACCAAUGCGCAUCAAUUACAACUGACAGUGUGGCACGGACGUUUCUGAUGUCGCAGAUUGAUUCGCACGCGCGCCGCGAGGAGCAGGAGCGGCCGAUGAUGAACGACGGCCGGGUCCACCCGGCGGCCACCAGCUCCGACUUCUCCGGCGAGUACGCCUACUCCUCCUCCGACCCCUCCUCCAGCCCGCUCUACAGCUUCCACUUCGAGAAGCCCGUCCCGCCGCCGCCCCAGCACCAAAACAAGCCGCAGCCUGGCACGUACGUCGUGCAGGUGCCCAAGGACAAGGUCUUCCGCGUACCGCCGCCGGAGAACGCGCGCCUCUUCCAGCACUACACCCGCCGCGCCAAGCGCCGCGCCGGCUGCUCCUGCCUCCGCGCCUGCCUCUACCUCGCCGUCGCGCUCCUCUCCCUCGCCGUCCUCCUCGCCGCCGCCGUCGGGGCCGUGUACCUCGCGUUCAAGCCCAGGCAGCCGGCGUACACGGUCGUGUCCCUCGCCGUGUCGGGCCUCGCCGGGGUCGGCAACGCCUCCGCGCCCGGCGCGCUCUCGCCGGGGUUUGCCGCGACCGUCCGCGCCGACAACAGCGCCAACGGCAAGGUCGGCGUGCACUACGACGGCGCCGGGAGCCGCGUCGCCGUGUCGUACGAGGGCGUGAGCCUGGCGGACGGCGCGUGGCCGGCCUUCUACCAGGCGCCGGGCAACAUCACGGUGUUCGUGGCGAAGGCCAAGGGCACCGGGAUACGGUUCUCGGAGCGCGAGCGCGGGCAGAUGGCCGCGGCGGAGCGGCUCCGGUCGGUGCCGUUCGACGUGGACAUCACGGUGCCCGUGCGGCUGCAGCUCGGCGGGCUGAGGACGUGGGCCGUGCCGGUGACGGUGCGGUGCGCCAUGGCGGUGGACAGGCUCGCCGCCAGCGCCAAGAUGGUGUCCAGGUCCUGCGACGUUAAGGUGCCGUUCCUGUUCUGGAGGAACUGA